AUGAAGGUAAGUAGGAGGUGUUGGGAAGCUAUUCGGAAGGGGUUCGACCACUUGCUGGAGAGCUUCCGAACGCCUUCCAAGGGACCGAAAGCAGACCUUCCCAACGUUUUCUCAGUACCUUCCGAAAACGUUCUCAGGAUAUUCCUGAGUAAUUUAAUUCUAGUCUGGACGCUACCGAAACCCCUAAAAAUCAAGAUCGACCUUAGUUUUAAACCUCAAUUGUUUUCUAACUCAAAACUCAUUGCCAGCCUUUGUUAUUUGAAAACUGGGCGGCCGUGGCUGUUGAUCACGAACAAUGGGAAGAAGCGGUCAAACGAUUGGACACGUCGCGCACCGACGGCCGCGUAAACAACUCUCGAGCUGGCAGCUUGGCGCUUAAGCCACUUUCCACUCGAGUCGAGAAACUCUCGGGGAUUUCCCAAUGGUUACUUUGCGCGACUCCCUUGUCUUGGUCUUCUGGUGCUCCAGAGAAACCAGCGGUUCGAAAUGUGAUUCUAACUUUUGUAAAUGGAAAAUCAGUCCUUAUGCAGAAGCUGAUGAAGUUGGAACAUACUUUCGCGUCGAGGGAACUUAUUCUUUCUCUAUCUUUCAAGGGAUACAUUUCUCUCGAAAACCUACUCUCCUAAAUAAAAAUUUUGUUAAGAGCUUUGAAAUAAGAAAAAUAAUUUUCAAUAAAAUAUGGUCCGAAAAAGCGAUUAGAGCUUCAAGUUGAAGCGAAAAAACUUGAUGGGCCGAGAAGUUCACCUGAAAAAUCUCUAGAAAUUGAUAAAAUUCCGUUAUGAAGUUCUUUUUCGAGCAAAAAAUAUAGUAAGAACCAAGAUUACUUUUCAUCGAUUUUAAAAAUCUUCAAGUCUUCAGGAUCUUUUCCCCAACCUCCUUCAAAGCUAGUAAUACUUCAUUUCAAAGACCGCGGGCCUUUCUCAUGUACAGAAAUUUUCAGCAAAACUUCUCAAAUCACAUUAAGUCGAACGGUUAAGCUAGGAGCGCUGACCUCUCGAUUUGGCAUUUCUCGCCCCGCCGUCACGCACAUUCUUUGUCCGUCUCUGUGA